ACCCCACUUUUGUUCCAGCUUUGGUUGUUUGCUCCGAAUACUUUUGAAUAGCCGCCGCACCGUGCCAAUCAACCGGCCACAGCAACUGUUGUGCGUCCCCUCCAAAUUAGACCGACUGUUGGCUGUCCUCACUUUCUUUUUUUAGCAGCAAUCAAAAAUAACAAACAUCUUUUACUCUACAGCAUACACCAUUUCACUUAGCAAAGCAUGGCCAAGAUUUUACUCGGUCUUUUGGCCCUGUGUGGUCUUAGUAAAGCACUAUAUUUGCCGGGUGUAGCACCCAAUGACUAUGACCAGGGUGACGAUGUACCUUUAUUUGUAAAUACCCUUAGUCCGAUGUCUAGUCAACAAAAAUCAGUUUUAUCGUACGAUUACUAUGAUGAACGUUUUCAUUUUUGUGAACCUGAGGGUGGCGCCAAGAAACAAGCAGAAAGUCUAGGCUCUGCUCUUUUCGGUGACCGUAUCUUUACUUCAGCAUUUCAGCUUUCACUUGGAAAUAAUGAUAAAGAUAAACUAUUAUGUACAUCUACAACCAUUCCCAAAGAGGAUGCCGAGUUCAUCAACCAGUGUAUUCAGGACGAUUAUGCUUUAAAUUGGGUUGUUGAUGGCCUCCCUGCCGCACAUCUCAGUAUUGACGAACGUACGAAUGAGGAAUAUUACAGCAUUGGUUUUGCUCUUGGGGGCAACAGAGGAAAUGUACCCGAAUUAAACAACCAUUACGAAAUUACUAUUGAUUACCAUCACCGUGAGGAUGGCAAAUACCGUGUAGUAGGUGUUUUGGUUGCUCCUUCUAGUAGAGCACAAAAAGUAGAAAAGGGUGUAGUCGUUCCUACUGGUGGACCGAUGGUCCUUAAGGGAGGCGAGCAAGUGGUUUAUUCUUACAGUGUGAAUUGGAAGCCAUCUGCUACGCCCUGGGCAACUCGUUGGGACGCCUAUUUGCAUAUUUUGGAUCCUUCUAUUCAUUGGUUCUCUUUGGUCAACUCUAUUGUUAUCGUCUUAUUUUUGACGGGUAUGGUCGCUAUGAUUUUGAUCCGUGCCCUUCAUAAGGAUAUCUCUCGCUACAACGCUGUCGAAGCCCAAGAAGAUGUUCAAGAAGAUUACGGUUGGAAAUUGGUCCAUGGUGAUGUUUUUAGACCCCCUCAACGCCCAAUGCUCCUUUCUAUCUUGGUGGGUAGCGGCGCCCAAAUUGUCGUCAUGACCGGCUUGACCCUCAUCUUUGCUGUCCUUGGUUUCUUAUCUCCCUCUAAUCGUGGUGCUUUAGGCACUGUGAUGAUUAUUUUCUUUAUGGUUUUUAACAGUAUUGCUGGUUAUGUUUCUGCUCGUGUAUACAAGAUGAACGGUGGCGAGAAUUGGAAGAUGAACAUUGGCUUAACCGCCUCCCUUGUUCCUGGCUCAAUUAUGAGCUUCUUAUUCGCCAUGAACUUUUUCUUGAUCAGCUCUCACUCUUCUGGUGCUGUUCCUUUUGGAACUAUGUUCACUCUUUUGGGUCUUUGGGCUGUUAUUGCUUUCCCUCUCAGUGUUGCCGGUUCUUACUUUGGCUUCCGUCAACCUCGUAUUGAGCAUCCUGUCCGCACAAACCAAAUCCCACGUCAAAUCCCUGAUCAACCCGUGUACUUGCGUAGCUUACCUUCCAUUCUGAUGGGCGGUAUUUUACCUUUUGGUGCUAUCUUCAUUGAAUUAUACUUCAUCAUGAACUCCAUUUGGUUCCACCGUGUCUAUUACGGUAUUGGUUUCUUGUUUUUGGUGUUCAUCGUUUUGAUCUUGACCUGCUCCCAAGUCACUAUCUUGAUGUGUUACUUCCAUUUAUGCAGCGAAGAUUAUCAUUGGUCUUGGAGAUCCUUCUUAACAUCCGGUGCUUGUGGCUUUUACGUCUUUUUGUAUGCCAUUCUCUACUACUUUACAAAACUUGAUAUCAAUUCGUACACAAGUACGGUGUUAUAUUUUGGUUAUUCUUCAGUUAUUAGUAUUUUAAUGACUGUCUUUACUGGCUCUGUGGGCUAUCUCUCCUGCUUGUAUUUCCUACAAAAGAUCUUUGCCAGUAUUAAGGUGGAUUAAAUUUUUCCAUACAAAAACUACUAUAUAUACAUACAUAUAUCACGAAUAAAGACUUGAUUAUUCCAAUAGAGUGUACGCAAAGUGUUCAACGGCCUAAUAAUAUAGUUUGUAUAACUUUCAGGGCAAGAGAAGAUGGAUCUACAUUUGCAUGAACAAAGUCACCAAAUGGUCACAAUUUUCUUUGCGCUUUUAAAAUUUUGUAGCUGUCAAAUCAUAUUAAAGUGGUUUUGAAGAAACUCUUUUUUAUC